AUGACCAGCGACGACCAGUUUUUCUUCGAUUAUCUCGCGUCGAUACCCCAUGACGUAAGGCGGUACUCUGUUCAAGUCGCCGACUCGAUCGACCAACAUGUCGACCACGCUGCAACCGCCAUCCGGAAUACCUUGUCUGAGCAGUCAUGGCUGCCACGAUCUGUGCGCCCAUCUAUGCGUGGUGCGCCCAAGCGCUCGGCAUCCACUGCCUUGACAGACCGGGUCUAUGACUGGAUGAAUCGAAACCGGGCAUGGACCGCGGCUUUGCUUGCAUUUGUCGGAACGGGUUUCAUCUUGCUGUAUGGAAAUAAGAAACUGAAUGGAAGACGGAGGAAAGCCAGAAAGGCUGGUAAUGGUGCGCGGAAGGAGAUUGUGGUUAUUGCUGGGUCGCCACAUGAACCUAUGACUAGGGCUAUCGCAGCAGACUUGGAACGUCGGGGAUAUAUCGUCUAUGUGACAGUCUCAUCUGCAGACGAGGAACAUAUUGUUCAGUCUGAGAAGCGCGCUGAUAUCAAACCGCUCUGGCUGGAUCUUACUACUGCAUCCUCAACCCCUUCGGAUCUCCAUCCGGCAUUGCAAGAGCUGCACAAUCUGAUCACCCAGCCGCAGUCUCCUCAUCCACGAGUACCUCCGCAUACUUGCCAACUAAGUGGCCUCAUUAUUAUACCCUCCGCCAACUUCGCCUCCGGGCCGGUCGUCACUAUCCCACAAUCCUCAUGGGCAGACACCGUCAACACCCGCAUCCUCUCUCCAAUUCUCACCGCACAGGCCUUCCUCCCUCUCUUGACUCUCCGCAACAACACUAGCACUAUCGUCUUCGCAUGCCCGUCCGUCUCAUCCUCCUUAUCUGCACCCUUCGCCGGUCCAGAAGUCGCCGCAACCCGUGCGAUCUCCGGAUUCGCAACCUCUCUCCGACAGGAGCUUCGUUUCGUAGGACGUAAGAACGUCGACGUUGUGGAGCUCCGACUGGGCCACAUCGAUCUAGGCCCGACGUACCGUGACUCUCAAAGUCAGGUCGCUGGAACCGAGGUCCUCGCAUGGAGCGUACAGCAGCGAUCUCUUUACGCCUCUCAGUACCUGUCCAGCGUUGAGCAGCGACCCGUCGCCUCUGCUGGACCCAAGACCGUGCGAGGUACCUCGGCACGAUUCCUUCACCACGCCGUGAUGGACGCCCUCGAACCCGCAUCACUGAAUAUAUUUGGACAGAAGAGAUCCAAGAAACAUAUCAUGUACGCGGGUCGGGGCGCACGAUCGUAUAACGUGAUUGGGACCUGGAUCCCAAGUGGACUCGUCGGCCUGAUGAUGGGAUAUCGAAGUGGAUAUUCCAUGGGCUCUGAUAGUCCCAGCUCAGGCAGCGAAACCAGCUGGGAGCGCGUUUAA